AUGUUCUGCCGAUCGAGGGCCAUCUACGGGGCCACAAAGCAGUCACCUCCUCUGGUGAGUGAGCUUGACUUGGAGCUCGGAUCUCUGACAAGGCGAACGCAGCGAUGUGGAGCACACAAGCACAGUGGAGACAUCAUCAUCACGCGCAACAGCUGCUUCUAUCCAGGGUGCCAGAAGGCAGAAAUCGUCACAUUCAUUUCCAAAACUCAGGCAUCAUUCGGAGACGCGGCUACGAGAGAAAAGGAAACUUGUGCCCUGCAUAGACUGAAGCAUCACGUAGAUCUCAAGAACAACGGCAAGAAAUGUGCAGCCCCCGAAGGUUGUUCGAAACUCGGAGUGUUUGGGUGGACGGGGAAAGACAAGCAGAAGCAUUCAAGAGCUUUGUUCUGUGCUGCUCACAGGUCGAACGAACAGACUCGGCGAGUGUCCAAGCACAUGGACACCACCAGACGGCAGCUCGAGAGGAAGCUAGUCAACGAGUUGUACUGCAUUUUCUCAGAGCUCCACUCCUCUGCCAACGACGUUCCCUCUCGCCUCUUCAACCAGAGCCAGUACAAGAAAGAUCGAACAAGUAUGAUCGAGUUUGCUGUCGUUUUUCUUGGACAUCACGCCAUCGGGUUUAGCAGCGAGACAGGAAGUCAGAUACGACAGGUUCAGCCGGUUGUGAACGGAACGAAUGAGAAUCAUGAAGAUGAUUGGUGA